UGGGGCCACGGUACGGCUACAGCUCUAUAUGGUACACUCGGAUGACAAUUGUCCGUCGUGGGAAAAGCUUACCAGACGGCAGAUCAAACGCUACAUAUGGAGACAAGACUUAAAAUGAGCCAACGGCAUCCGGGUCGAUGAGUGUUAUUCUAUGACCCGGCACUUGCUUUUCUGCGACACUGCUCACGAUUGCAAACAUGUAUCUCGUCGGCUCUCUUCUCCUCGGGCUUGCUUACCUGACCGGAGCCCUCAGCACUAUGAUCCCGGGCCCGCAUACUAGAGCCACCGGCCGCAGCCCGGGAUGCGGCUCGGCGCCAACCAUCACCUCAGGUGUCAAGUCCCUCACCGUCAACGGCAAACAACGUCAGUUCACCAUACGGGUGCCCCGGAACUACCAGAAAGACAACGGAUACAAAGUGAUCAUCGGCCUGCACUGGGUCGGCGGCACGAUGGACCAGGUCGCCGGUGGCGGUACUACCGGAGAGCCGUGGGCCUACUACGGCAUGCAAAAGAUGGCCAACGAGAGCGCCAUUCUUGUCGCGCCGCAGGGACUCAAUAACGGGUGGGCCAAUUCGGGCGGCGAGGACAUCCUGUUCAUCGACGCCAUCAACAAGUACAUCGACUCCGGACUCUGCGUCAACCAGGCCCAGCGCUUCUCCAUGGGCUUCUCGUACGGCGCCGCCAUGACCUACGCCAUCGCGUGCGCACGCGCAAAGGACUUCCGGGCCGUGACCGUCAUCGCGGGCGGCCAGCUGUCGGGCUGCAGCGGAGGCAACGUCCCCGUUGCCUACUUUGGCAUCCACGGCGUCAGCGACGGCACGCUCAACAUCGCCGGCGGCCGGACCAUGCGCGACCGGUUCGUCAAGAACAACGGCUGCGCGUCUAUGGCGGGCGCCCCAGAGCCCCGGGCCGGCAGCAGGACGCACAUGACGACAGCCGCGACGGGCUGCAAGCCGGGAUACCCGGUUCUGUGGGCGGCGCACGACGGUGGUCACGGACCGGCGCCGGCCGAUGCACCCGCCCCGUCGUCAGAUGACGGGCUUAGGACCUGGAUGCCGGCGGCGGUGUGGGCAUUUUAUACUCAGGCUCAGCUUGCGAGUUCCUAAGUCUCGGGGAUAUUGCGAGCUGGGCAUCUUGAAGAAGGUAGUAUGACGAGUGAGCUUUGGACGAGCUGGAGUGCCGCAAUAAUUACUACGA